AUUAGAGGCUCUUGGCAUCAGAAAGCUGCAGGCAGGCUAAAUAGAAGUGGAGAAUUCUAUGUGAUUGGUUAGGGGGGCAUAUUCAGCUCCUUCUUGUUAGUCUCAACUUGGAAAUAGGAACAAAAGUUAGGGAAGAUGCCAGUUAAUAAUCCAGUACUGGCCAUUUGGGCCAAUUGUUAUUGUUUGUUUCCUAGGAUGGUUAUUAGAGAUAAUGAUAUGACUUGCUACAAGUCUAAUUUAUAGACUUCCUGGACUGGUUACUGUAGAUAAUGGGUUGAUUUCCUGGGUUGCUGGCUGCAGGUUGUGGGUCAGAGUUCUAUUUUUACAUAUGGUCUGACUGUUGUCCAUUUGCAUAUUCAGUCACCCACCCUAAAUCCAGGAUGAUCUCAUCUCAAGAUCCUUAACCCAAUUAUGUCUGCAAAGAUCCUUUUCCCAAAUAAGGUCACAUUUCCAGGUUCUGUGAGUUAGGACGUGGAUAUAUCUUUGGGUGUGCGGGAGGGCACCAUUUAACCCACUAUAAAGUUCCUCUUGGUUUAGAAAUCAUGUUUACUUGUUUAGAAGGGGGGAAAAAAAGACCUUGCCCCUUGCCUCUCUGAAUGAGACAAGCAGGUAGGCUAUAACUGGAUUUCACCAAAGGUCUAUAACUUCGGUCUCAGAGGUAGAAACCUUUUUGAAAGAGUUGCCUGGACAUCCUUUAAAGCUUGGAUUUGAGCUGCAGACCAACUCCUUUAUGCCUACACUCCAAAACAAGAGCUGUUUGGUAGUCCAGUACUGUCUAUACAUUUAGCAAAGCCCCUCCUUUGAUAGAAAACUGGAAGCAGUGUGGACAAUGUAUGAAUGUUGCCUAUAUUAUCUUGGAUAGGAGAAUCACCGAUAUACAACAGGAAAAAAACAGAAGUGAAAGAUUAUCAAUAUAGAUUAUUGAAUAGGAGUAAACCAAAAAGAGGAAAAGAAGAGAUUACAGACACAGAGAAUGUCAGACAACAAAGAAAGGAAGAGUCAAGGAGUUCCUAAAGAAGAAUGAACUUCAUGAGCUUGAAAAACAAAUAGCAACUAUCUCUGCAGAAACUAAAGAAACAGAAAGACAAAUUUAUCAGCAAGAUGCUGCCAUAGAGAAUACCAAACUUCACUGUGAUAGCCUGGAAACUCAAAUCAAAUCCUUACAUUCAGAAAAUGUAAAGCUUAAAUUUGACAUAGAAACAGCCCAAGAAGAUUUUGAGGAACACAUGAUAAAAUAUAAUGCAUAUUAUGCAAAAAUAAAAACACAUAAAAAUAAUUUGGUAGAGGUAGAAAGCAAAUGGUCAUUUAUGACUGAACUCUAUGAAAAACGAAAUUUUGUUAAAAAAUUAAAGACAAUGAAAGAAGAACUUAUGCAAGAUCUUCAAAAUCCAGGAGGGAACCGAAUAACACAAGUACAGGAAGACAUUACAAAGUUAAAGGAUAAAAUUAUAACUGUAAAAGAAUCUAUCAUUGUAAAAACUUGUUUUCUUGAGGAAGAAAAAAAGACACAUGAAAAAUUAAGAAAAGAAAUAGAGGUACAACAUAAGAGAUAUGAUGCAAUUCUUAAGCGUUUGCAUUGUCAGGUGAACAAGCUUCAGUCAAAUAGACGACAGUGGCAAUGGAACAUUCAACGACUGGAAAAAACUGCAGCCGAAUUAAGAAAAUGCAUUGGAACGCAAGAACAACAUUGCCAUAGCGCAGUGUGGAACACAGACGAUGACAACAAAAAUUAUGGGACAGAACACUGAGAAAAUCUUUUGGAUUCCUAAUAACAAGCAUCCACUAUCAGUGGCCUGUCUUAAUGACAGAUGUCUUUGGUUGUUGUUGUUGUUUUUUAAAUCAGUCAUCCAUUUGUUAAAAGGCCUUCUAACCCUACACUUGACAGCAGUUGACAGACAAUAGGAAUGCCUAGAGGAGAAUAGUGCAAGAGUCUCUAUGACUAUUUUGAGUGUGUAAAAUGUAUUAUACUCAUGUAUUAUACUGUUUAUAACUAUGUUGCAUUCACUACCCUAUGAAGUAAAAAUUUAGAAGGGAAAAAACAUUUGAUUUUUUUCAAUGAUUUAUAUUAUUAAGAUAUUUGAAAAUGUGUGUCUGUUUCAAACUUUUUAUUGGAACUUGUUUUUUUACAACUGCCUUUACAGUAGCCCAUAAAUAUUGAUAUUUAUAAUAAUGUUUUUGUAUGUUCAAUGCUUCAAAUAUUUUUUCCAUUUUCUCUUUUAUCUAGAAGGUAA